CUCUGCAGUUGUAUUUUUGCACUGAAGUUUGGACAAAAAGUGACAGAAGUAUAAAUAAAUGCAGAAGUGGAGGCAGGAUGGAUAGAAUGAAGUUAUACAUAUGUACCCACAGUUUGAUGAGCCCAUUUCCAAUACAGUAACAGCGACUAGCCGAAAGAAUAAGGAAACAAGGGAGUUAGUUAUCAAUUGCCUGAAAGUUGGAGUCCGCCAUCUUAACUUUCUCUGUACAUAGACGAUCUUCGGUUCACUGUACACCUGAAACGUCACCUGAUCCCCCUGCAACCAGCAGGUGACAGGAGCUGCAGGAAAACUACUCAUUUUCCAUGGCAACUCGGACGCAUAAGCUUGCUCAACCCAAAGCCAACCGACUCAGUUAUCCAGACCGUCGUUCUGUUUACUGGCUGGAUGAGCUGCCACCUGAGAGGACUGGACCCCACACCAAGAUACACUUAACCCCUCGCUGGUCGGAACUAUGUAGAAGUAAAAAGCUCCACACUCAAGUCACACUUUCUCCCAUAUGGGAGGUCAGUGAAUGGGCUCUCAGGGCUGUUCCAUCCAAGCGUCUGUGUAGCCUUGCUCAGCCUAGGGCCCCUGCAGCUGGCUGGGAGCCGGAGUGUCCUCUGCUGGUUCCUGUGACCCCUAAGCACGAACACCGUGGGUUCGAGGGGGGGCGUUCGGUGUGCUGGCCCAUCUCCAGAGCGGCGAGGAGCUUCGUAGCCGGCGAGAGACUUCUGGAGCUUUCCGUUCCUAAAGCGAGGAAGGCUUUAUUCGAGGGAUACGACCCAUACGUCGUUAGUCGGGCGGCGCGCUCUGCCAGCCCGUCGCCGCGCAUCCAGGAACUCUCGUUGCCUCUGCCUCGCAAAUGUAGCUCAAAGUAG